CCAUGAAGGGGGCUUUGUUGACCUGGUUUUGGUGUUUUCUUAAUGGCUUUCUUUCAGUCAGGAUUGCUGCGCUGAGGGGAAACAUGAAGGCAGAGUAUCAAGUGACUGUUUACACCCAGGACAUGGCCUAUGCUGGCACCAAGGAUGAUGUGUACAUCACUCUGGUGGGUAAACGGGGGAGCAGCCAACAUGGGAAGCUGGGAAGAAACAAGUUUUUCUUCCAUAGAGGGGAUGCGUCCACCUUCACUGUGACCUGCUCUGCAGACCUCGGAGAGCUGCUGCUGAUCCAUCUUGAAAAACGUGGGCUUGUAAUCAAAGACAGUUGGCUCCCUGCAAAAGUGGAGGUGAGGUCUUCUAAUGGAAAGCUCUACGUGUUUCCCAUCUACCAUUGGUUAAAAGGAAACAAGAAGCACUUCUUCAGGGAGGGGGCAGCUGUGCUGGACUUCCAGGAGACGAACCCUCAGGUGAUCAAGACGCGGAGGAAUGAGCUGAAGAAUCAGAAGAAUCUCUACAGGUGGGCCGUUUACAAAGAGGGAACUCCCCUCUGCAUGAAGGCAAAUACCCUGAUGUCUCUGCCCCUGGAUGACCGCUACCCCUUCACAAGGGACCUGGAGUUCAGCUUCACAGCAGUGGCAGCGCUGGCAAAGCUGGGUUUGAAGGCGUUGUCUCGUUGUAUAGACAAGUGGAACAGCAUGAGCGACAUCGAAAAGCUGUACAAAAGUCACGUGACCUCUACAUCUGGUACUGUCAUUCAUUCAAAAACAAAAGAAAAAAAGAAGAAAUGA